AUGGCUUGGCCCCGAAUGGGCCCGGGAGCCAUGGCUCGCCAGUUCGUUCUGCUAGUUUUGCUGCUGCAUGCAUCGCGCGCGCAGAUCAUGAGAUAUACUCCGGUCGAGCGCCUUGUGGGCCCCGACUUCUUCGAACAUUGGAAUUUCUAUUCGGGACCGGACCCCACGCAUGGCACGGUUGAGUUCGUCACGGAGAUGCAAGCCUGGAAUAACAAGCUGCUCUUUGCUUCACCUAGUGGAGUCUACAUGGGUGUCGACAACACCACCAAGCUGGGAAGUGAAGGUGGCAGGAAAGCAGUGAGGAUCGAAAGCAAAAAGAGCUACAAUGGCGGCAUGUUUGUCCUCACUCUGAAGCACGUGCCCACAGCCUGCGGAGCCUGGCCAGCCUUCUGGAUGUUCGGCGAUGAUGCCCAGCAUGCCUGGCCCCGUUGGGGAGAGUACGACAUUCUCGAGUCGAUCCAUGUAGAGAACUACGCAACCACAACUUUGCACACCCGCGCGAGCUGUGACCAGCGAGAGGUCAACAACGGGAUUGACUUCGUCGGACAAGGUUGGGCGGCCGGUUCGACUGGAACAAACAAGGCAAAGAAUUGUUGGGUGAAGGCUCCCCAGGAGUACGACAACCAGGGCUGCGGCCAGAAGCUGCCGGCGGGAUCUUUUGGUCCGGACUUCAACAAGAACCAAGGCGGGACCUUUGUUGCCGAAUGGGACAACGUCCGGAAAUUCAUGCGGACAUGGUUCUUCCCUUCGGGCAAAGAGCCCAUCGACCUGCUGGUGAGGGGCCCGCAGCCGGACAUGUGGGGCACCCCGAACUCGUACUUCACGCUGAACGAGCGUUGGUGUACAGCAGAUCACUUCAAGAACAUGCGCAUGGUCUUCGACACAACCUUCUGUGGCGACUAUGCUGGUUCAACCUUCAAGCCAAUGUGCCCGUGGCUCCAGACAAGCUGCGAGGACUACGUGCGGAACAACCCGGAGGCAUUCAGUGAGGCUUUCUGGAGCAUCAAGACUCUGGACGUCUACCAAAAGGUUGACGCAGCGACAUUGGCCGCGCAGGCUCCGGUAGUGGUCAGUGAUGCGAUUGGCGGAGACAUCGAUGGAGCGCCGAAGAGCAACAAGACCGGCUUGGUCUCGCUCUUUCUCCUUGCUGCAUUGGCUGGAACCUUCGUGUUUUUGUACUAUCGCAAUGCCACGGUGAAGAGCCACGUUGACGAAUAUACGGGUCGCGUUCACGAACUCUGGCGUAAUUGGCGAGACGAAGAGUCUGAGGAGGAGUCGCCCAAGAAGGCAGCAGUGGCAUCGCCCAAAAACGACACCGGCUCGCUGACCCCUAGAGGCGGAAGAGCACGCAACCUCGAGUUCGGCAUGGAUCAGCCCAGUCCAUCUCGAUCUCCGAGUCGUCCAAGCGUGCCACAGCAGAUGAUGGCGGCUGUGAAGUCGAUCGGCAGUGUUGUCCGCACACCCUCCAGACCUUCCGCUGCGUCAAAGGAUGCAAGUGGAGGCUUCGUGGCCAGGGCGCCCACAGGUGGUAGCUUCCAGCGCGUGGCCACUGCGGGCAGCCCAUCCGGCUCGCUGCGUUUGCAGCAUACCGCGGGCAGUCCAUCCGGUUCCUUGCGUUUGCAGCAGCCCGUUGAGCCUCAGCAGCGCACCAUCUACUACAGCCACUCGCUGAGCCGGGAUCUCUCAGGAGCGAUUCCGCAGCCACCGAUCACCUCGCAAAACUCGAACUCAUUGGCUCCAUUCACUCGCGAGGUUCUUAUCCCGGGCAGGCCCUUAACUCGAACUCAUCGCUGCCUCCGACUAUCCACUACUUGCAGGCAGUACAGCCGAGGAGGGCGACAUGAUGGGCAGAUCCUGCUCUGA